AUGCCAGCAGGUGAGUACACACAUACCAUAGCUUGGUUAAUAAAUUAAGCCCUGGCCUUAUGAAUAUAGGAAACUGAGUAACAGACUAUAUUUAUUCUCUAGGUGAGAGUGAAGCUCGAGCUAAGACCAGGGCCAGUUUUGACGAGGUCUUCAAGAGAUACACUGACCCGGCUACAUCGGAGAAGAAAAAAGUGAAGAAGAAGAGCCCAGCUCAGCCAGAGCAGGAGAGUAUUGUGGUACGUUCGAAUAGGUCAGAUUAAGAAGGUUUGGGGCUGAAAUCACUUUAACAAUAUUUGUUGUGCAUGGUUUCUGUAAAAUUAACUUCCAUGCACAUAAAUGCCUAUUCUUACCUUUGCAUCCCCACUCUUCUCUUUCAGCUCCAGACUUUGAAACAAAACCUUGACCUUGUGAAAGACACAGAGGACGAUGAGACUGUUCUUCAGAACAUCUACCACGCUGAACGGGGCAGCCCUCGUUUCACCAAGAACAAGCGUAGGGAGAGGGAGGUAACAGAGAAGGUCAACAACAACAACAAUGGGAACCAGGACGAGGAGGAGCAACCAAUCAACGGGAAGAGGAAGGGUAAAAGUACAAGGGAGCUGCCUCCAGCCCCAGUGCAGCAGGAGAACAGUUAUAUCAUUAAAAUCGACCAGACUGACAGUACUGCUGGAAAUGCCAAAACACCUAAAUCCAAGGCCUCCUUGGAGUCGGAAGAUCCUGGGAAUAUACAGAGGAGAAAGAGUAAGAAAGGGAACAGUAAAGAAGGAGAGGAGGAGGUGUCCGGGGCCCAGAGUGGGGAUGCGGUGGAAGCUGAGGAUGAGUUGCUUCAUGAGUACCAGCAGCAGAUGGCACAGGAAGAGGAAAUGGCUACUGUGAAGAAGACUGUACACAAGAAGUCAACAACAGACAAGACCAAUGCUGCCGCUCAGGAAGUAGUAGCAUUAAACAAUGAAGGUGCAAAGAAGAAGAAGAAGAAGCUGAGGUCGUCAUUGGAUCUGGAGGAGAGGGAGGCGAGGUUUGUAGAAGUCUUACAGGAUGAACUUUCAUAACUAGUAAGGUUUGCAUGAACCUGGAAGGAAGCUGUAAAUGACCUAGCCAGAUCUGCUUGUGCUAUCUUGGCAACCUUUAUAGCCAUAUUCUUGGCAUAACAAUGUCCAUAGAAGUUGGCUAUAAAGCAAAAACAGAUCUGGGACCAGGCUAUAGGCCUAAACUACCCACUAAUGCCAUGGAAAAUAAUUAUGAUAAUAUAUUCUAUUUUGUUUUACAGUAUGAUAGAAGAUCUGCAGAAUAGCCAGUCUGAGGAUGUCACUGAGAGGAAGCGGUCCAAAGAGAAGAGCCAAGAGAGCCACCAAGAGGAGGACGAGGAGGACAGACUAGAAUCUUUAAAAUCUAAAGGCAAAAAGAAGAAAAAAAUUAAGCAAGGUGGGUAGAAAAAGCUAAGAAAACAUUCCGCAGGUCAUACAACUUGCAUUAUGAACAGUUAGGAAUUAUGUGGCUAAGCUCUUCUUGAAAAGUUGGUGUGAUGUUUUUUUGCUAUCUUCAAUAACAUUAGUUAGUGUGAUACUGUACGAAGAUAGGGAAGCACAAAAUACUCUGCUUUACUUGGAAGGUGAAUAACAUAAUAACAUUGAGUAACACUUCUUUCCCUGGUUGUAGUGGUGAAGGAGGCGAGUGAUACAGAGAUUGCUGAAACUCCUCAGGGACCAGUCUUUGAUGACAACCUGGUCCUGGGAGUCUACAUCCACAGGACAGACCGCCUGAAGACUGACCUGUUGGUCUCACACCCUAUGGUCAAGAUCCAUGUUAUUGAUGAGAUGACUGGGCAAUACGUGAAAAAAGAGGACAGGUGAGAAAUGGUUUUGUUAGUUUGUGAUUUUGUUCAUUGUGGGUUUUUGGUGUUACUAGCUUGGUGGUCCAGAUCUGUUUCUGCUGUCAUUUAACUCCUAUGGUUGUUGUUUGGCAAUAAACAUAGCAGUUCGUAGCAUAAACCGAUCUGACUAUGACCAUAGCAGUUCGCAGCACAAACCAAUCUGGGACCAGGCUAGUUGUUACAUGUUGCCGUCACAACAAAUUAAAAAACUGGUGGUGACGAGAAUUUUGAUCAAAUCGUUUUUGUAUCCCUCUCCGUAUUUUGCAGUCAUCGUCCGGUCUCGUCGUUCUACGAGCAGGAGAGUGUGGAGCAUAUCCUUCCCAUCAUCACCCAGCCUUUUGACUUCAAGAAGAACAAGUCAACCGUUCCAGAGUGGGAGGAGCAGAUCAUCUUCAACGAGCGCUUUGGAUAUUUCCUCCAGGAUAACCAUGAAGGCCCUAGAGUUAUGCUAUUUUUUGAGGUAAAAAUAAUGCAAAGAGGAUGAGUGUGUGACACCAAUAUCUUCCUUGUGCAAUUUUCAAUGUAUUUUUUCUUGCAGCAGUAGGGGAAAAAAUCUUGACACACAUUAAGCAUCAACCAGAAACUUUUUCCAAAAGGCCAUUUUGAAAAGAUUGUCUCUUAAAUAUAUUUCAGGUCCUGGAUUUCAUGACCAUGGAGGAAGCCAGAGCCAAUGUUGACGUCGACAGACAUGAACGAGGGUUUCGAAAGAUCGCCUGGGCAUUUCUAAAGGUAAUGCAUUUAGAAAUAUUUUUGUCAGGUCGUUAUGAAUAACAAUGAGUUUUUCCAUUAUUGAAGAAAAAAAACGAUUUGUAACAAUUUUUAUUUCUACAUCUCUGUUCCCUGCAGCUUGUGGGCACUAACGGAGUGCUGAACAUCGACAGUAAACUGCGUUUGCAGCUCUUCUGUCCCCCUCCCCGGGGCAAGAGACAAGAAAAGACCAUUGAGGUGGUGGACUGGUGGAGAAGAUAUCCCCGUAGCAGAUACACAUCCACCCUCUACAUCACUGUGAAAGGCCUCAAACUACCCGAUCAUGUAAGUCAAAACUGCUUUGAAAUCAUACUACAUGUUACUGAAAUGUCUGCUUUAGCAAAACUACCACUACCACCACUAUGAUGAUAAUGCAAAUAAUACUAAUAGCAAUAGUAUAAUAAUAAUGUAUUAGUACGUUAUUAGUAGUAGCAGUUUAGUAGUAGAAAUCAAAUCUUCAUCCAUAAGGAGUUGCUGUUUUAUUUCCCAUGGGGUGAGUUGUGGUUUGACCAUAUGCUGUGUUGGUCUGUUGUGUAGGUGGACCCUAGUAUCCGCUCCAUGAUGGCCCUGCAGCAGGAGAGAGGCUCCACUUCCUUUAGCGAGCUGCAGAGUGAGAUCACCAGGAGAACCAUAACACAACCUCUAGGCAACAAACCUGAGCUCCGUUGGAGCAGAAUGCCUGGCCAGGUCUGUUUACUAAAUUAUCUAUUUUCUAAGAAUCUCGAAUCUCUCUUCUAACAGUAUCUAACUGCUACCUAAUUCAAGGGCUGUCCAAUCGUUGUUGGUACUCCCGAGUGGCGCAGUGGUCUAAGGCUGUGCCACUAGAUCCUGGUUCGAAUCCAGGCUCUGUCGCAGUCGGCCGCGACCGGGAGACUCAUGGGCGGCGCACAAUUGGCCCAGCGUCGUCCAGGGUAGGGGAGGGAAUGGCCGGCAGGGAUGUAGCUCAGUUGAUAGAGCAUGGCGUUUGCAACGCCAGGGUUGUGGGUUCAUUUCCCACGGGGGGGCCAGUAUAAAAAAAAAAAAUAUAUAUAUAUAUAUGUAUGUAUUCACUAACUGUAAGUCGCUCUGGAUAAGAGCGUCUGCUAAAUGACUAAAAUGUAAAUGUAAAUGUUGUUAUAAAGUCAUGAAGGCAUGUUGAGAAACACAACUUUGAGACAACAUUUACGCAAUGUUCUGUGGUGGUUGUGUGUUUGCUGGGAAAUCCAGAAAUGCCAUCAAUUGUCCCCAGAUGUGUUAUUUGAUUAAGUUGAAUUUAUGUUACAGGUGUGCCGGAUCCCUAAUAAGCCCAUGCUGUCGUUCCGUGGUGGUCAGAUGGGUUGUUUCACGAUACGAUUCUCCCACAACGGGAGGAGGCUGGCUGCUGCGUGUGCUGACAGAGAUGCUUUCCCCAUCAUAGGUAAGAAUUGUAAACCCCUGCUCAGAUCUCUCUUAUUGCUCAGUGCCUUCAGAAAGUAUUUAUACCCCUUGACUUAUUCCACAUUAUGUUGUGUUACAGCCUGAAUACAAAAUUGAUUAUAUAGAUUAUUUUUCUCACCCAUCUACCCACAAUACCCCAUAAUGACAAAGUGAAAACAUGUUUUUAGAAAAUUUAGCAAAUUUAUUGAAAAUGAAAUACAGAAAUAUUUCUCAUUUACUUAAGUAUUCACACCCCUGAGUCCAUACUUUAUAGAAGCACCUUUGGCAGCUAUUACAGCUGUGAGUCUUUAAGAGCUUUCCACACCUGGAUUGUGCAACAUUUGUCCAUUAUUCUUUUCAAAAUUCUUCAAGCUGUCAAAUUGGUUGCUGAUCAUUGCUAGACAACAAUUUUCAGGUCUUGACGUAGAUUUAAGUCAAAACUGUAACUCAGCCACUCAGGAACAUUCACUGUCUUCUUGGUAAGCAACUCCAGUGUAGAUUUGGCCUUGUGUUUUAGGUUAUUGUCCUGCUGAAAGGUGAAUUCAUCUCCCAGUUUUUGGUGGAAAGCAGACUGAACCAGGUUUUCCUCUAGGAUUUUGCCUGUACUUAGCUCCAUUCCGUUUCUUUUUUAUCCUGAAAAACUCCACAGUACUUCAUGAUUACAAGCAUAUCCAUAACAUAUGCUUGAAAAUAUGGAGGGUGGUACUCAGUAAUGUGUCGUAUUGGAUUUGCCCCAAACAUCACACUUUGUAUUCAGGACAAAAAGUUGAAUUUCUUUGCCACAUUUUUGGCAGUAUUACUUUAGUGCCUUGUUGCAAACAAGAUGCAUGUUUUAGAAUAUUUUUAUUCUGGACAGGCUUCCUUCUUUUCGCUCUGUCAAUUUGGUUAGUAUUGUGGAGUAACUACAAUGUUGUUGUUCCAUCCUCAGUUUUCUCCUAUCACAGCCAUUAAACUCUCUAACUGUUUUAAAGUCCCAUUGGCCUCAUGGUGAAAUCCCUGAGCGUUUCCUUCCUCUCAGGCAUCUGAGUUAGGAAGGACGCCUUUAUCUUUGUAGUGACUGGGUGUAUUGAUACAGCAUCCAAAGUGUAAUUAAUAACUUCACCACGCUCAAAGGGAUAUUCAAUGUCUGCUUUUUAAAAUAGGUGCCCUUCUUUGCGAGACAUUGGAAAACCUCCCUGUUUUUUUUGUGGUUGAAUCUGUGAAUGAAAUUUCACUGCUUGACUGAGGGACCUUACAAAUAAUUGUAUGUGUGGGGUACAGAGAUGAGGUAGUCAUUUGAAAAGUCAUGUUAAACACUAUUAUUGCACACUGUAAGUCCAUGCAACUUAUUAUGUGACUUGUUAAGCAAAUGUUUACUCCUGAACUUUUAUUAAUUUGUAAAAUUUCGAGAAACAUAAUUCCACUUUGACUUUAUGGGGUAUUGUGUCUCGGCCAGUGACACACAAUCUCAAUUGAAUCAAUUUUAAAUUCAGACUGUAACACAACAAAAUGAGGAAAAAGUCAAGGGGUGUGAAUACUUUCUGAAGGAACAUGCCUGUUGUUCUUCCUGUUGUAAUGUGUUUUCACAUAUAGUCUUUAAAAGAACCGAUCUCAGUCCUCUUUAAAGUGAACUCUGGAGUAAAAAAGAAAGAGCAAAAUAACGCAGUUCUCUUUGAAUUCACACUGCCCUUGCCUUUGAAUGAGGACUUAACUCUUUUGCCAGUUCACUUCACCUAUUUUGUUGUCCGAGUCCUCUUUGCAUUCACAUUGCUAUGCUUAAAAAGGAACCAAGAUCUUUUUCCAACAUUCACUCGAUGCACUCUGGGUCUUUACAAAGUGCAGGACAAGCCAUUUCAUCAGAACGUGUUAUCGGACAGCUAGACAUACCUACUUACAUUUUGGAAGCUAAUAGAUUGCAUUUAGUUCAAAGAUGAGACAUAAUAGUAAUCAGAAGAGACUAUUAACAUGUACAUAUUAUUGGUAACAGAAUAAAUAGGAGAAGAAUAACUGCAGAUUAAAUAAUGCUGUAAUUGAAAAUUGUACACCCAAUGUAGGCUACUACCCCUUUAAGAGCUAGAAUUGGUUUUGUACCCUAUGUUGUGAUUCUUACCCAAUAUGUUGCCGUCUCACACUAUUCAAACCCCACAAUCCAAUAAACAGCUUAUGGAGCUCUCUUAGUCUUACAUAUUGCAAAAAAAUUAUCUGAAGGAAAAAUUCCACACACAUCUUGGAAUUUCUGUGCAUCCUUGGCAAUCGCUAAUCAGUAUCCCAAAACAGCACAUGUUUCUUUCUGCAAAACCUGCACAUCACCAUCUUCUGUCUUUUGUGGCACCAAUGUCAAAUCAAAUUUUAUUUGUCACAUACACGUGUUUAGCAGAUGUUAUUGUGGGUGAGGCGAAAUGCUUGUGCUUCUAGCUCCGACAGUGCAGUAAUAUCUAACAAUUUCAGAACAUAUACCCAAUACACACAAAUCUAAGCAAGGAAUGGAAUUUAAGAAUAUAUACAUACAGUGGGGAAAAAAUGUAUUUAGUCAGCCACCAAUUGUGCAAGUUCUCCCACUUAAAAAGAUGAGAGGCCUGUAAUUUCCAUCAUAGGUACACGUCAACUAUGACAGACAAAAUGAGGAAAAAAAAUCCAGAAAAUCACAUUGUACGAUUUUUUAAAUGAAUUUAUUUGAAAAUUAUGGUGGAAAAUAAGUAUUUGGUCAAUAACAAAAGUUUCUCAAUACUUUGUUAUAUACCCUUUGUUGGCAAUGACACAGGUCAAACAUUUUCUGUAAGUCUUCACAAGGUUUUCACACACUGUUGCUGGUAUUUUGGCCCAUUCCUCCAUGCAGAUCUCCUCUAGAGCAGUGAUGUUUUGGGGCUGUCGCUGGGCAACACGGACUUUCAACUCCCUCCAAAGAUUUUCUAUGGGGUUGAGAUCUGGAGACUGGCUAGGCCACUCCAGGACCUUGAAAUGCUUCUUACGAAGCCACUCCUUCGUUGCCCGGGCUGUGUGUUUGGGAUCAUUGUCAUGCUGAAAGACCCAGCCACGUUUCAUCUUCAAUGCCCUUGCUGAUGGAAGGAGGUUUUCACUCAAUCUCACGAUACAUGGCCCCAUUCAUUCUUUCCUUUACACGGAUCAGUUGUCCUGGUCCCUUUGCAGAAAAACAGCCCCAAAGCAUGAUGUUUCCACCCCCAUGCUUCACAGUAGGUAUGGUGUUCUUUGGAUGCAACUCAGCAUUCUUUGUCCUCCAAACACGACGAGUUGAGUUUUUACCAAAAAGUUAUAUUUUGGUUUCAUCUGACCAUAUGACAUUCUCCCAAUCCUCUUCUGGAUCAUCCAAAUGCACUCUAGCAAAUUUCAGAAGGGCCUGGACAUGUACUGGCUUAAGCAGGGGGACACGUCUGGCACUGCAGGAUUUGAGUCCCUGGCGGCGUAGUGUGUUACUGAUGGUAGGCUUUGUUACUUUGGUCCCAGCUCUCUGCAGGUCAUUCACUAGGUCCCCCCGUGUGGUUCUGGGAUUUUUGCUCACCGUUCUUGUGAUCAUUUUGACCCCACGGGGUGAGAUCUUGCGUGGAGCCCCAGAUCGAGGGAGAUUAUCAGUGGUCUUGUACGUCUUCCAUUUCCUAAUAAUUGCUCCCACAGUUGAUUUCUUCAAACCAAGCUGCUUACCUAUUGCAGAUUCAGUCUUCCCAGCCUGGUGCAGGUCUACAAUUUUGUUUCUGGUGUCCUUUGACAGCUCUUUGGUCUUGGCCAUAGUGGAGUUUGGAGUGUGACUGUUUGAGGUUGUGGACAGGUGUCUUUUAUACUGAUAACAAGUUCAAACAGGUGCCAUUAAUACAGGUAACGAGUGGAGGACAGAGGAGCCUCUUAAAGAAGAAGUUACAGGUCUGUGAGAGCCAGAAAUCUUGCUUGUUUGUAGGUGACCAAAUACUUAUUUUCCACCAUAAUUUGCAUAUAAAUUCAUUAAAAAUCCUACAAUGUGAAUUUCUGGAUUUUUUUUCUCUCAAUUUGUCUGGCAUAGUUGACCUGUACCUAUGAUGAAAAUUACAGGCCUCUCUCAUAUUUUUAAGUGGAAGAACUUGCACAAUUGGUGGCUGACUAAAUACUUUUUUCCCCCCACUGUAUAUGGACAAGCAAUGACAGAGCGGCAUGGACUAAGAUACAGUAGAAUAUUAUAGAAUACAGUAUAUAGAUAUGAGAUGAGUAGUGCAAGAUAUGUAAACAUUAUUAAAGUGACUAGUGUUCCAUUUCUUAAAGUGGCCAGUGAUUUCAAUAGGCAACAGCAGCCUCUAAUGUGCUGGUGAUGGCUAUUUAACAGUCUGAUGGCCUUGAGAUAGAAGCUGUUUUUCAUUCUCUCGGUCCCAGCUUUGAUGCACCUGUACUGACCUCGCCUUCUGGAUGAUAGCGGGUGAACAGGCAGUGGCUCGGGUGGUUGAUGUCCUUGAUGAUGUGAGGGGUUAUGUCAGGGGAAACGGUGUUGCAGUAGUCUAGUGUGUGUAGUGCGGGAAUAAUGACAAGCGAACCUGGGGAGCUUUGUCUUCACAUUGCCCUGAAAAAGGGAACCGGACCACGGAAUUCAAGCGAACCGAACUCAGACCACCUCUCGAGAUGGUUUCAGUUCGCUUCGUGGGUUCUUUUGAGGGGUCUGAGUUUCUUUGAAGUGUUCACACUGCACAAAAGCUUAAGUGAUCCACAUUGAGUUCACAAACAUUGGCUGAAAAGGACCAAAACACCCUAAAACGUUAGUUACACUGAGCUAAGGAGAUUGAUUCACUUGAGUAAUGAAUUCUGUGUGUUACUCCCAAACGAGUAUGAAUUAUUGAUUUAUUAUUUUAGUUAUCUAAUCGUUUUUGUUUUGUCAGUGUAUGAGAUUCCUUCAGGCAAGGUGUUGGCUGCCUUCAACGGCCACCUCAGUAUCGUGUAUGAUCUCUGCUGGUCCAGAGACGACCGGAGCCUCCUGUCUGCCUCCUCUGAUGGCACUGUCAGGUAAAUGGUCUACCUGUACCUCAAAUAUACCCUGCCUGGGAAAGAGAAACAUGGAGCCUCGAUUAGAUUACGCUGAUGCUUAGGAUAUAUUUGUGUACGUGUUGUCACUAAUAUAAUGUAUUGAUGUCAUACCCACAUAUCUCCUCUAGGGGGCAUGUGUGCACUAGGCACCAUGCCUCUCUCUCUAAUGGUGCAUGCACAAUAUACAGCGCAUUCGGAAAGUAUUCAGACCCCUUCACUUUUUCCACAUUUUGUUACCUUACAGCCUUAUUUUAAAAUUGAUUAAAUUGUUUUUUCCCCCUCAUCAAUCUACACACAAUACCCCAUAAUGACAAAGGCAAUAACAGGUUUUUAGAAAUGUUUGCAAAUGUAUUAAAAAUAAAUAUCACAUUUACAUAAGUAUUCAGACCCUUUACUCAGUACUUUGUUGAAGCAUCUUUGGCAGUGAUUACAGCCUUAAGUCUUCUGGGGUAUGAUGCUACAAGCUUGGCACACCUGUAUUUGGGGAGUUUCUCCCAUUCUUCUCUGCAGAUCCUCUCAAGCUCUGUCAGGUUGGAUGGGGAGCGUUGCUGCACUGCUAUUUUCAGGUCUCUCCAGAGAUGUUCGAUCGGGUUCAAGUCUGGGCUCUGGCUGGGCCACUCGAGGACAUUCAGAGACUUGUCCCGAAGCCACUCUUGCGUUGUCUUGGCUGUGUACUUAGGGUCCGUUCAUCUUUCCCUUGAUCCUGACUAGUCUCCCAGUCCUUGCCUCUGAAAAACAUCCCCACAGCAUGAUCCAACCACCACCAUGCUUCACCGCAGGGAUGGUAUUGGCCAGGUGAUGAGCGGUGCCUGGUUUCCUCCAGACGUGACGCUUGGCAUUCAGGCCAAGGAGUUCAAUCUUGGUUUCAUCAGACCAGAGAAUCUUGUUUCUCAUGAUUUGAGAGUCCUUUAGGUUCCUUUUUGCAAACUCCAAGCGGGCUGUCAUGUGCCUUUUACUGAGGAGUGGCUUCUGUCUGGCCACUCUACCAAAAAGGCCUAAUUGGUGGAGUGCUGCAGAGAUGGUUGUCCUUCUGGAAGGUUCUCCCAUCCCCACAGAGGAACUCUGUAGCUCUGUCAGAGUGACCUCCCUGACCAAGGCCCUUCUCCCCUGAUUGCUCAGUUUGGCCAGGUGGCCAGCUCUAGGAAGAGUCUUGGUGGUUCCAAACUUCUUCCAUUGAAGAAUGAUGGAGGCCACUAUGUUCUUGGGGACCUUCAAUGUUGCAGAAAUGUAUUGGUACCCUUCUCCAGAUCUGUGCCUCGACACAAUCCUGUCUCGGAGCUCUACGGACAAUUCCUUCGACCUCAUGGCUUGGUUUUUGCUCUGACAUGCACUGUCAAUUGUGGUACCUUAUAUAGACAGGUGUGUGCCUUUCCAAAUCAUGUCCUGUUUUCGCUUUGUCGUUAUGGGGUGUUGUGUGUAGAUUGAUGAGGGGAAAAAAAUACUGUAAAACGUUUUAGAAUAAGGCUGUAAUGUAACAAUGUGGAAAAAGUGACGGGAUCUAAAUACUUUCCGAAUGCACUGUAUAAUAUACUGAACAAAAAUAUAAACGCAACAUGUAAUGUGUUGGUCCCAUGUUUCAUUAGCUGAAAUAAAAGAUCAAAGAAAUGUUCCAUACGCACAAAAAGCUUAUUUCUCUCAAAUUUUGUGCACACAUUUCUUUACAUCCCUGUUAGUGAGCAUUUCUCCUUUGCCAAGAUAAUCCAUCAAGAAGCUUAUUAAACAGCAUGAUCAUUACACAGGUGCACCUUGUGCUGGGGACAAUAAAAGGCCACUCUGAAAUGUGAGGUUUUGUCACACAACACAAUGCCACAAGUUUUGCGAGAGCGUGCAAUUGGCAUGCUGACUGCAGGAAUGUCCAACAGAGCUGUUGACAGAGAAUGUAAUGUUAAUUUCUCUACCAUAAGUCGUUUUGGAGAAUUUGGCAGUACGUCCAACCGGCCUCACAACCGCAGACCACGUGUAGUCACGCCAGCCCAGGACCUCCACCUCCGGCUUCUUCACCUGCGGGAUCACCUGAGACCAGCCACCCAGACAGCUGAUGAAACUGAGGAGUAUUUCUGUCUGUAAUAAAGCCCUUUUGUGGGGAAAAACGUAUUCUGAUUGGCUGGGCCUGGCUCCCCAGUGGGUGGGCCUAUGCCCUCCAAGGCCCACCCAUGGCUGCGCCCCUGACCAGUCAUGUGAAAUCCAUAGAUUAGGACUAGGGGUGUAACGAUUCGUUUUAACAACGAUUCGAUUUGUAUCACGAUUCGUGGUUGUCGAUACUAUUCAAGGACGAUAUUGGUUCAUUUAGAACGAUACGAUCCGAAACGAUUCAGUGACUUGAAAUCGAUUCAGUAACCUUUUAGCCAAAAAUUCAACCAGUGUGACUGAAAUAAAUACCUGGUAACCAGUUGCAUUUUAAUGGCUGGCAAUAGUCUUUAUAUUUUUAACAGUGUUUCAUGCCUCCAUGCAGACCAUCUGGUAUUAUGAAACUUACCCAGUUCCACAAAGGAGAUCCCAUUUUCUUCACAUAGCUUUAUUCAGUGCAGCAGUUUUUUUUGCUCUAGCAUCGCUCACACCAUCAGCGGGGAGUUACGAGCCAAGUUGCAGUCUGCUGAAUUUUGGGGGCUGCUUUUUGAUGGAUCUGAUGUUUAGCUUUAUGGAAAGAGAAAAAUAUUAAACAGAGCUUGCCGCUGUUCUUCAUUCAGCUUGUCUCGCCAUCUGGCAAGUGGGCGACUGGACAUUUAUUCUCGGCUAGCUUUUAGCAAUGGCUUGCGCCACAUUCGUGUACUCCUUGCUCUUUUCAUGUUUGUCAAAUAAAGGAUGGUUGAAAUUCUUUGAGCCUUUAUAAAAUGCACCUGUUUUGUCUGCUAGAUGUGGAUUUGAGCGGCAAAUCUUGCACCACAUUUCAGUGCGCUCAUCGUUAGCUUCAAGCCACUGCACAUCUUGGAGCCACUUUUCCGAAAAAAGUAUUUUCUUCGGCUCUGGCUCCAGUUGGCGUUUCUUUGUAGGUGGCGAAACGCCAAAGAAGCUGCUUAAUGUCUGUUGCUUUUGGACAUCCCUGACAGUAGUUGACAAGCAACAUGUCAUGUGUAAGGUUAGAUGAGAAGAUCGGUCAAGUACGCAAAGGCGCGUAGUAACACAGGUGGCAUUACGCAUUCCUGAUUUUUGUCGCGCUUGCGUAUCUGCGUACCAGUUAUGUGCACCCCUGCAUAUAAAGUCUGACGUGCUUAAAUCCAAUGGGUUAUUUCCUAGUAUCGAUACAAUCGAUUUAUUACAUUUUAAAACGAUGUUAGAUCGAUAUAUGUUGUCCAAAAGGCCAACUCGCCGAGCACAGAUCGAUGUAGUUGGAUCAUAUGAAUAUAAAUCGAUACAUCGAUGUAGUAGAUGGAUCGUUACACCCCUAAUUAGGACCUAAUUAAUUUAUUUCAAUUGACUGAUUUCCUUAUAUGAACUGUAACUCAGUAAAAUCAUUGAAAUUGUUGCAUGCUGCGUUUUAUAUUUUUGUUCAGUAUAAAUGAUGUGUGGUGUAGCAUGCUCAGUAACAUGAGGACACGGUGGGUAUAAGUAAGGGGAAGUUUACUCAGCAAGCUUAGCACUCCAUACAUCAUCAGCACAUGCAUUCUCUUCUUCGACAUAUCUGAUAUCCUGAUCUAAUUGUACAACACUAUGAUCCCUCUCAAUUCUCUCUUGCAGAGUGUGGAACGUGCAGAGGUUCCAGGCCAUCGCCCAGAAGGUGCUCCCCCACCCAUCAUUUGUCUACUGUGCUCAGUACCACCCUACGGCCCAGGGCAUGGUGGUGACGGCUGGGUACGACUGUCUGGUGAGGGUCUGGAGGGUGGACGUCAAGGAUAUCAACGGACUGCUGCUCCAGGAGUUUGAUGGUCACAAGAGCUUCAUCAACGCUCUGUGUUUCAACUCUGAAGGUAUGGAGUCAGUAAAUCAAUCAAUCACAUUUAUUUAUAAAGCACUUCUUACUUCAGCAGUCUCUUUCUAUUGGAGAAUAACUGUUUUUUGUUCCUGACUAGAGUAUAUAUUCAUGGCAUUUGGUGGAUGGCUUACCGCCCUUAUCGCAUGAGGAUUGAAAUAUGGAAGUAAUGUGUUUACUGUAUGUCUAUUCAGGAAACCGAAUGUUCUCUGCGGACAACGUUGGGUUCAUCAUUGUGUGGCGGACGUCGGUUGAUGACAGUCUGCAUCAGAGACCGUGUCGUCACUGGAAGAUUGAGAAGGUUUGAGAACAAUUUUUUUAGCAUGAAGUGUCUUAUGCUGGUGACAAUGUUCCCUCUGGGGAUCAAUAAAGUGUAUUCAUUCAUUCAAAUUAGAGAGCUGGAUUAAUACUUUAUUUUACCCUGCAGGAGAUAGAAGAGUGUGACCUGAAUGGCCUUCCCAUCAACACAUUAGAGGUCCAUCCUAAUGGUCGUCGUCUACUGAUCCACGCCAAAGACAGCGUUGUCAGGGUGAUGGAUCUCAGAGUGUAAAUAUAUAUAUAUAUUUUUUUUAAACCCCAAUUGAGACCAGAGUCUCAUUUCCAUUGGUGCCCUGAGUUUAUUAGGUAUACCAAUCUGGUACCGGGUCGGACCCCCAUUUGCCUCCAGAACAGCAUGAAUUCUUCAGGGCAUGGAUUCUACAAGGUGUUGGAAACGUUCGUUGCUCAAGGGACCUAACGUGUGCCAGAAAAACAUUCCCCAAACCACCGCCACCAGCCUGUAACAUGCUGCUUACGCCAAAUCCUGACCCUGCCAUCAGCAUGACGCAACGGGAACCGGGAUUGGUCGGACCAGGCGAUUUUUCUUUCCACUCCUCAAUUAUCCAGUGUUGGUGAUCGCGUGCCCACUGGAAACGCUUCUACUUGUUUUUAGCUGAUAGGAAUGGAACCCUGUGUGGUCGUUUGCUGCAAUAGCCCAUCAGUGACAAGGAUCGAUGAGUUGUGCGUUCUGAGAUGCCGUUCUGCACACCACUGUUGUACUGCGCCAUUAUUUGUCUGUUUGUGGCCCGCCUGUUGGCUUGCACAACAAUUCUUUCCAAUUCCUUUGACCUUUCUCAUUAAUGAGCUGUUUUAGCCCACAGGACUGCCGCUGACUGAAUGUUUUUUGUUUGUCGCACCGUUCUCGGUAAACCCUAGACACUGUCGUGAGUGAAAAUCCCGGGAGGGCGGCCAUUUCUGAGAUACUGGAUCCGGUGCACCUGGCACCGACGAUCAUACCACGCUCAAAGUUGCUUAGGUCACUCGUUUUUCCCAUUCUAACAUUCAAUCGAACAGUAACUUAAUGCCUCUGCCUGCUUUAUAUAGCAAGGCACGGCCCCGUGACUCACUGUCUGUAGGACAGUGUCCGGUGAGUGUAGUUGUGUAUUGCCAUAACUCAAGUAAGUUUCCAUGUUCCUUUUAUUUAUCUAAUGUACAGACUUCUAAAAUGUCAUUUGUGUGUGUGUUGUUGCAGAUUGGCUGUGAAGAAAUACACAGGUGCCACUAACUACAGGGAGAGGAUCCACAGCACGUUCACACCCUGUGGGAGCUUCAUCUUCUCAGGCAGCGAGGAUGGGAUGGCCUACGUGUGGAAUGCAGAAACAGGUGAGGAAAAGCCAGCCACAUCUGAUCAUCCAGUAUGAAUUUAGACACAAACAAAAAACAAACAAUGCAUGCACUUAGGGCCAGUUUCCAGAAUCCAGAUUAAGCAUAGUCCUGGACUAAAAAGCCUGCUCAAUGGAUAAUCUCCAUUGAAAUUGCUUUCUGUUCCAGGACUAAUCUAAAUCUGUAUCUGGGGAAACUGGCCCUAGCUAAGUGCAUGCAUAGUUUUUUUGUUUUGUUAUGAUCAAUAAUAACUGCUGGUUUUGUGCCUGCAUCUACCAGGUGACCAGGUGGCGGUGUACUCGGAGCUGUGUUACCCCACAGCCCUCCGUGGUGUGGCCUUCCACCCUCAUGAGAACAUGGUGGCCUUCUGUGCCUUCGGUCAUAGCCAGCCUGUGCACGUGUACUUGUACGACCUCCGAGGUGAGCAGCUCAUUAUUGUACUGAGAUAGAUCACUUUAAUGAGAAGAUCUUAGGAACACGCCUCAGCUGUGCCUGAGUACCUGGCUCAGAGCAUUCAAAUAAUUGUAUUUUAAGAGGACAGUGGCGUUACCAAAGAUGGUGGAUAAAUGAAGAUAGUUCACUCAAGCCAUUUACCAUUGUAAAAAAUAUUAAAUGCUCCUUUCUGUGUAGGUGGGCAUUCCCUCUCUUGCGUGAGAUUGCUUUCCAACGUGAGCUCACGGUUCCUCCGUAAUAUCUGGCAUGCUCAAGUGAGAGAGGGAACAACUGGCUCUGGUCUACUUAUUGUCCCCUCCCCGCUCGUCCCACCCGCCCUGCCUAGAAAAAAUGUGCCAGUGAGAUGUCUUGCUCUAGGACAUAAGUAGACCAGAGUGGCCCCGCCCCGAUCAGAAGAAAUUAGGGAGUGGGAUGUCUUGCUUUCUCUGGCGUUACUAAGUCUUGAUUCCACACAACUUGAGUCAUUAGUGUAGGAGUCAUUUGACUGUUUAUAGCAGGGGUGUCUGGCCCACGGGUGGUUUGAGUAAAAUAAAAAAAGUAUAAGAAGUAUUUUUUUGGGGGGGGUGAAACGAGCACAAUAUACUUUAAAAUGUCUAAAACCUAAUUGAAACUGUGUAGAAAUUAUAAUGGACCUACAUUCAUACACUUUCUGGACUGUGUCCAGCUCGCUAAUAAUCACCGAAAUGAAAACUAGACAGUCAGGGAGCAUCGAAAAUUCCAAAAACAAUGGAUAGAGGACUAUUUUUUGGUGAUUUUGACAGCGAGGAAAUAUAUAUUUUUUAAAUUGUGCUGCCCUCCGGACCUCAUUGAAGACCGAAUGCGGCCCCGGGGCAAAAUGAGUUUGACAGCCCUGGUUUAUAACCUUAUUGAAUAUUUUGUGUAAACUUAGUCUGUUUUGGGAUGUUUGAAAAUGGUAGCUAACGGGUUCGCAUAAGGCCUUGAGAUUGGGUAGACUGUGAGUAUUCUUUGCUGUUUUGUGGACUGAGUGGAAAAAGAUGCGCUGAGUACAACACUGGAUAACACAUUAAAGUGAUUCCACUUGUUUCCAACGUGGUCCCUGAUGGAAUACACACUAUCAAAUCAAAUUUUAUUUGUCACGUGUUUAGCAGAUGUUAUAGCGGGUGUAGCGAAAUGCUUGUGCUUCUAGCUCCGACAGUGCAGUAAUAUCUAACAAGUAAUAUCUAACAAUUUCACAACAUAUACCCAAUACAACACAAUCUAAGUAAGGACAGUGGGAUAUUUAUCCCCAAUUUGCACUCCCACUUAAAAGAUGAGAGGCCUGAAUUUUAUCAUAGUAGUCAACUUGACAGACAAAAUGGAAAAAAAAUCCAGAAAUCACAUUGUAGAUUUUAAUGAAUUAUGGAUUGGGUGGAAAUAGUAUUUGGCCAUAAAAAAGUUCUAAAACUUGUAUAACCCUUGUUGGCAAGACACAGGUCAAACGUUUUCUGUAAGUCUUCACAAGGUUUUCACACACUGUUGCUGGUAUUUUGGCCCAUUCCUCCAUGCAGAUCUCUUCUAGAGCAGUGAUGUUUUGGGGCUGUCGCUGGGCAACACAGACUUUCAUCUCCCUCCAAAGAUUUUCUAUGGGGUUGAGAUCUGGAGACUGGCUAGGCCACUCCAGGACCUUGAAAUGAUUCUUACGAAGCCACACCUUCGUUGCCCGGGCGGUGUGUUUGGGAUCAUUGUCAUGCUGAAAGACCCAGCCACGUUUCAUCUUCAAUGCCCUUGCUGAUGGAAGGAGGGUUUCACUCAAAAUCUCACGAUACAUGGCCCCAUUCAUUCUUUCCUUUACACGGAUCAGUCGUCCUGGUCCCUUUGCAGAAAAACAGCCCCAAAGCAUGAUGUUUCCAACCCCAUGCUUCACAGUAGGUAUGGUGUUCUUUGGAUGCAACUCAGCAUUCUUUGUCCUCCAAACAUGACGAGUUGAGUUUUUACCAAAAAGUUAUAUUUUGGAUUCAUCUGACCACAUGACAUUCUCCCAAUCCUCUUCUGGAUCAUCCAAAUGCACUUCAGACGGGCCUGGACAUGUACUGGCUUAAGCAGGGGGACACGUCUCGCACUGCAGGAUUUGAGUCCCUGGCGGCGUAGUGUGUUACUGAUGGUUGGCUUUGUUACUUUGGUCCCAGCUCUCUGCAGGUCAUUUACUAGGUCCCCCUGUGUGGUUCUGGGAUUUUUGCUCACCGUUCUUGUGAUCAUUUCGACCCCACGGGGUGAGAUCUUGCGUGGAGCCCCAGAUCGAGGGAGAUUAUCAGUGGUCUUGUAUGUCUUCCAUUUCCUAAUAAUUGCUCCCAGUGUUGAUAUCUUCAAACCAAGCUGCUUACCUAUUGCAGAUUCAGUCUUCCCAGCCUGGUGCAGGUCUACAAUUUUGUUUUUGGUGUCCUUUUACAGCUCUUUGGUCUUGGCCAUUGUGAAGUUUGGAGUGUGACUGUUUGAGGUUGUGGACAGGUGUCUUUUAUACUGAUAACAAGUUCAAACAGGUGCCAUUAAUACAGGUAACGAGUGGAGGACAGAGGAGCCUCUUAAAGAAGAAGUUACAGGUCUGUGAGAGCCAGAAAUCUUGCUUGUUUGUAGGUGACCAAAUACUUAUUUUCCACCAUAAUUUGCAAAUAAAUUCAUAAAAAAUCCUACAAUGGGAUUUUCUGGAUUUUUUUUUCUCAAUUUGUCUGUCAUAGUUGACGUGUACCUAUGAUGAAAAUUACAGGCCUCUCUCAUCUUUUUAAGUGGGAGAACUUGCACAAUUGGUGGCUGACUAAAUACUUUUUUCCCCCACUGUAUACAUAUAUGGAUAAGCAAUGACAGAGCGGCAUGGACUAAGAUACAGUAGAAUAUUAUAGAAUACAGUAUAUACAUAUGAGAUGAGUAAUGCAAGAUAUGUAAACAAAAUAUAAAGACAAAACAAAAAAUAUUUUUCUCUCUGUUUCUCCUCAGUGGCCCAGCUGGAAGUGGAGAGUUUGAAGGGCCACAGCAGGUCUGGAUCAGCCGACACUAAGAUGUUCAGGAACACAUCUGACCCAGUCACGUUCCAGGACACCUCCGGAGCAGCCAUGGACUGCUUCGCCAAAGCAGCCAGACUGUCUAUGAAGAUGCAGCGCGUCAAAGAUAAGCUGGACUCUGUUCUAGUGAGUAUAAAUCUUGUUUUGAUUUCGUUUUAAAACGCGAAUUAUAUUUUGACUCCAAACUGUGACGGUAAAUCAUUAUGCAAAUGUGCUUGAAUUUAAUAAUGACCCUCUCAAACACAUUUUUGUAGGAACCAUCUCAGAACUCCUCUGCUGUGGAACACUUGUAUGAGCAAGGUAUGCUUUAACAAUGAUAUUGGUAUGUUUAUGCGACAAUAUGUUGACAUUUAUUCGACAUGUUUUUGUGGUUUAAAGGGUGCAUAUAUCAGAUGGGGAGGAGCCUAUCCCAGGAAGCUGGCCCAGUAAGUAGUACACGUAUUAACUCUGUAAACACUUCAUAUUAACCGUUUUAUUGUCCACAAAGAGGCCCCCUUUGCUCCGACCUCUGUGUGUAUGUGUGUAGCCUGGAGGGGUUGGGAUAAAGCAGAACACAUUUAAGUUACCCUGUAUUCUUCUUCUACUGUUUUCAGAUGAGCUUGAACUCGUCCCUGCCUUCCUCCGUCCCUCCUGUCACCACACUCCAAACUGCAGCUGUCUGGUUCCCUGGGAGCUCAGUUCAUCCCCCAGGCACCCCUCACCUCCCAGAACCGUGAGUGGCUCUAACCAGGCCCUUUCUUUGAAAGAAUUGGUCCACUCCUCGCCUCCCGGCCUUCAUUGCACUGAUCCUUAAUCUAAAAGAACUGACCAGGUGAAGGCCAGCCUAAAGAUGAGCUUCCACCAUAAUGUUUUCAACUGUCAAGUGUUUCCCUAUCAGUGCAGAUGAAGGGAAGGAGACAGAUUGUACUGCCACAGGUCUAUGAAUCUAAGCAGCUCUGUGAACCACUGUGUCAUCAAUCAUUUGUAAGAAUUGAUGUCCGUUUACCCAAAUGAGCUUAAGACCCAUUCAUGCAGAAUGAGAGCUUUGGCCAGACAUUUCAACAACAUUGCAAGGGAAGGUUUGGACAAAACGCAACAUUCCCAGACUCACGAGACCUGUUAAGGAUCUUACAGAGCAGCAUGUUCACUGUACAUAAGGACCAAGACGAGCCUCUCCUUGUCUUCAGCGCUGUCCGUAGCCGUAGGUGUUCACACCUCUACGAUUAUGGUUUAUCUUCGAUUUAAUAUAUUCAUCUAGUAUUUCCUUUCUCUCCUUUUCUUCUCUGUUUGCAGGUGGUUUCAGCCCAGUGGGUCAGCAUCUAGGAAGAACGCCAUCUCUCAGGCUACAGACAGUAAGUCACUAUUAUAAUGUUAUAUCUGGAAGCUCUUUAUGCUUUUCUCAUUGCUUCCUUUUAUAUGUAUUUUAUUGGGUUUUAAACAGUAACUUUAUUUUAGUCUUGUGGACUGAAUAUUUUCUUUAUCUAUUUGAAAGAGACCGACGUAACGCAUGAAGUUGAAUAUGGAAUUGAAGUUUAGGAACGUUCCCUUUCUUCCCUCAGAGCUUCCCUGAUCAUCUGUCUACAGCCAUUAGAGUGGAAGCAGAUUCCUUGGUACCAGUUCAGCAAACAGUAAGUUCAUGUUUUUAUUCUAACAUUGACAACUGUAUGCAUUAUAAGAACAUACUAUACCCAACAAUCAAAUAUGACAAUUUAACAUAAGCAGUUAUUUUAACACCAUGGUCAACCAUUCUUAAAUACUUUUAAUUUCUCUUCCUCUCUGUCAGGUUGUCUCUUUGUAUGACUACAGUGCUACGCGGUCAGAUGAGUUAACGGUACAGCGUGGUGAUGUCAUCCAUGUGCUCUACAAAGACAACGACAACUGGUGGUUUGGCCGGCUGGCUAACGGACAGCAGGGAUACUUCCCAGCUACCUAUGUUGCGGAAGAGCGUAAGUAGAGUUUUAUAUAUUUUCCACAUUAAUAUAAUAUAUGCACUUAGCAGACUCUUUUCUCCAAAGCAACUUACAUUACAGUGAUUGCAUACAUUUUAUUGAGAGCUUGAUCCCUAUGGGAAACCCACAAACCCACCUUGGUGUUGUUAGCAGCAUACUCUUACCAACUAAGCCACACAGGACCACUUUUCUACAUGAAAAAGAACCCCAUGUGGAUAUACAGCCUAUAAAGUCAAGUCUGUAUGGAUGUGGUGUUGUUGCUGAGCUAUUUCCCUCGUCUGUCCCAGGGGAUUACAACGAGGAGCUGUCUCAGGCCCUAAAGGCACAGUCUGCCCUGUCUGAACAGACCGACCAAUCAGCUCCUCUGUCUGAACCGCGGACCGACCUAUCAGUCCCUCCGUCUGAACGGACUGACCAAUCAGAUGAGAGGUUGACACCUACCAAGGUAAGGAGAGAGUGGGUUCUGUUUCAGUGAUCGUUGUGUGAUGUAGCUGAAGUGUCUCUUGGUUCUGAUGGAGCAGGGUACUUAAAGUAAAAUCAUUGAUUGAUGAUUUAUUUUAGAAUUUACCCAGACAUCCCCUCCACCAAUACAGUCCUCAGCUCAUCCUAGUUCGAAAAUCAACAGGUUAAGACAACGUCGUCACAAAUCUGGGACCAGCGUUGUUGCUAACUACCUACGCCGUUGCUAACUUGCAUAGUUAGUCCCAUUGUUGCAAAGAGUUAUGGGAUAUUAGAAUCCUGUUGUCUUAACCUUUGUCAUCUUCAACCUAGAGGUCAUCUCGUUCUCCUUCUUCAGGGAACCAAGGUUAUAUGAAUUACUGGUCAUUUCCUUGUCCCUUCUUUUUUUGAACUCUCCCUCCACUCACAGGUGUCAGCUGCCGUUGUCUCUGGGGAACUCAAGUUCAUCUCUGAGCUGGACACAGACCCUGAGCAGCCUGCUGCCACCAAGUAAGUCCUCUUCCUCACAGCGACAGUCCUCAUAAGUCACAGCAGUGGCUCUGAUAUCAUCCCGAUAGUUUGUGUACACUCGUCUUCUAACCACAUGGAGAGAAAAUGAACUUACUAGAUAUGUUAUAUAGCUUAUAAUUUAUACUAGAUACUUUAUUCGAUUACAUCAAAUUGGUUUAAGUGCUGAAGUGUUAGAUUGGUUCCAAAACGAACUCUCUGACAGAACACAGUGUGUGGCUCUGGAGGGCAUGAAAUCAGACUUUUGACAGCUUACAAAAAGAGUCCCUUAAGGUUCCAUUUUAGGGCCGGCUCUUAUUACACUGUAUGAAAUAGGGAGAAAUUGAAAGUCUGCAGAACUCCAUCCAUAUGCUGACGACACAAUCGUUUACUCUUGUGCCUCUAAAAUUGAGAAGGCUUUUCUGGAUUUACAACUAGCAUUUGAUGACAUUCACAAACAACUUUCUCAACAAAUGGAGUCACUUGCAGAUUUGAACUGUAAAUGAUGAUUGAUUGAUGAUGAUUGACUGAUUUGAAAUAGUAUGUAUGCAUUUGAACUAAGUUUUAGACAGCAUAUUUUCCCAUAACGUUCUUUGGUCUUGUAGUGAGCUACGAAAUACUUAGAACUGGGCGAGUGGGUAUCUCUGACUGAGUUUAAAACUCUGACUGAAAUGUUGUUGACCGCUGUAAUUGUUUUAAAUGUAUUGUCCUUGUAUGUGCUCUUGUAUUUUAUGGUCACGCUGACUACUUCCUGCUGACCUCUUGCCAGGUCCCCUUCCCAAAGUAUUUUAAAAAAAUAUAUAAAUAAAUGUCAGGCCAAUGUGUUUUUCCCCCAUGUUUCUCAAAAGAGUGAAGAAAAAGAAAAAGAAGUUGGUGAAGAAGUUGGAAGCUCCGUCGUCACCAGCCAGUGUCUCCGACCCUGAUGCCCCAGGAACGUCAUCUACCAGGAGGAAGGCCAAGGCUGCAGGCAGCAGACCACUGCCCCCCAGCCCCAGGACAGGACAGUCCAACAGCACCUUGGAGCCUGAUACCUAG